GUAGCAUUAUUAGAGGGUGUUUGUGAUUUGUGAAUGGGAAAUAAGCAGAAGCGACUAUCUUCGGACGGGCGGACGAAUUACUUCUCGCGUUAUAUUUGUAAACUCUCGAGGGUUGGUGCGUAGUGCAAGUGAACUAAUCCCAUAAUAAAACGGUACGGUCGGCGAGUGCGACGAACGUCUACGCGUUACAAUUCGGCAAAAAUUCGUGAAAAUUGCUGUAAUUUGUGAGAUUUUUGAAUUGUGUUCUGUAGGUGGGUUUAUGUGUUGAAAGCCGUGUAUCUUUCCCAGAUACGAACUCCGUAAUUCUAUCGCGUUUCGGCCAGUGAGUCGAUUUCGUCGGUGAUCCGCAUCGAAUCUUUACUGCUCGAGUGUCAAGUCGAAGGAAGCAAAAUAUGCAAAAAACUCCGUAGUGGCGUCAUGAAAGUGCAAAUCAAAUCAAAGGUGACGAAGAUUACGAUCUCAUCGAAGAACGGAGUGUUUUGAGAUUUUGUACGGGUUUUCACGGGAAGACGAAGCCGGAAAUGAAGUCUGUGACGGAAACGCAAGGUUCGUCGCGAUGGAGGAAGAGAUCAAUGGCGAAGUGCGUUCGAUAAAGUGUCUUCUAUAGUGAUGUUGUGCGAAUAGAAUCUCAGCCAUGUUAAAUAAGAUGCAAGCCCCUGCGCUAUGAGUGAUCAAAAUCCAAUUCCGAGAAAAAGAAAAUAAAAUAAAUAAAUAAUGAGUUCGAUUCGUGUGCCCGAAGGUGUUGUAGAACAAGGUGUAGAAACAUCGAAUGUUAUUAUGCCCUGAAUCCGCAAAUGAAGUCAGAGGGAUAGUGCUUGCAGAAAGGAAAUGGGCGUUUAUUAAAAAAGAAGAGUGUAAACCAGUGUUUUCCGUAAUUAACUGAUAUGCUCCACCGAGCCUCUCCAGUUCACGAUUGUGAAGCAGAUGAGAAGAAGCAGGAGAUGAAAAAAAUUGUUGCAAAUAAAAGAUUUUUCGGAAAAUCACUUCCAGUACUGCCAACAGUGAAGUAAUAAACCAGUGAAAAUAGUAAUCUCUUAAUCUAAACAACACAACCAGUUCGGUUCCAGUGUAUUGUGCAUAAGUCUAUGAAAAAUCUCACCACUUACAGUGAACAAGUGCACGCCAGUUUUCCUUCUACGGCUGUAAGAUAGCCGAGUGCACCAGAAGCCUUAGUGUGCACCAAAGAAAGCAAUCUCAACAACAACAACCAGCAACCAUAAAUCAACAAAUCAAUCAACCACUCAGAAGCGCACCAGUGCAAAUUUUCGUACCAGAAUCAGUGUUGUCACCCAAAACCAGUGUCACCAACCACAGUUGUAUGUAAUCAAAGAAUCUCGCCUAUGAAUAUCGAAUAAGCUCUCGCCAUUUAGUGUUUAUUUCUAAGAAGCUGAUCCAAUUGUCGUCGUAAAAGUAUUUGUCGACAGUGUGAAGAUAAUCAAGUGCAAUAAUUGUGUUAGUCAUCAUCAAACCGGUAAGCAAGCAAGUAAGCAAAAAAGCAAAAGAGAUAAAUAUUCCCAGCUGCCAUUUUCAUCCCAGCCGUCGAGGCUUAUGUGUUUUGUGAGAAGUCCGAGAAGCCCAAAAGUCCGCAAAUAAAGACGGUGUCAUUUCCAGUUAAUCGAAAAGCCGACGACGGUUUUCCAGUGAAAGCUGAAGGAGGAGAUUAAGUAAGGCAGUGAAAAGAAACAAAGUUUGGUGAAGAAACAAAGCGGCUGAAGUUGGGACGAGCUAAAUUCAUCGGUUUGUCGGAAAAUUACCAACAUUUUGUGUCAUCACUUGGAGCGCAGAUCUAUGAGAUAUAAACGACAGUUAGAGUUCGCGUCUCUGGAAUUGUGAUGGAAUAACAGUUUGACAUUUUCGCUUGUAUUGAAAGCAGUCAAUAAGCUCCAAUCAUGCUUCAAAUAUUCAAGGAUCACAGCAAGUUCAAGAAGAAAAGACUAGUAAAAAUAUUGGACCGUCCAACGGAAUGUCCAUACUGGAAAUGAAUUUCAACCCCUCAAAUGUAGAGCGUUCAACCCUUUCCACCAUUUCCCUUGAACCCCUUUAAUUCGUUUUCGUUCUUCUAACACCCUCGCAUAACGCGUAAGAACGAUCACUUCGGAACGAUCUCUCAUCGAAAGGUCAUGUACCGAUUGAACAUUGUAAGCACAAAUCCAACUGGAAACGUACAGCAGCCGCAGCCGUCGCAGGCCCAGGGUCAGCAGGUGAUCAGCACCGUAGUGAGGCCUCAACAGCCGCCACCGCAAUUGGCCCUACUACAAACGGGAGGCACUACCACGACCAUCAUCGGGCUGACAUCGCUGAAUGCUCUCAAUGCUACCACGAUCACCGGACUGGUCGCGGGAACAGCAGCAGGCAGCAGCACCUCGUCGAUUGCUACGGGCGCUGCUCCGGGAGGAACUGGAUCGGCAACGGCAACCACGACCAAGCACCACAUCCUGAAGGCGGCCGCCAACAACAACAACAUCAGCAUCGUCAAGAUCGGCGAUGAUAUUAUGCUGAAGGCCGUCAAGAUGGAACCCAUCCCUACGGAUACGGGCGGGGCUGGGGCCGCACUAGUGCAACCAUCGGCCACGACCAGCGGCGGUGUUACGGUGACGGCCAUUCCGGCGGCGGUGGCUCCGACGGUUAUUCCUGCACCGGCGGUGCCAGCCCCCGCCCCUACCAACAACCCCAGCUCCAACGGCGGUACCGUUACGGUGUACGGCGGGAAGCGACGGGUAGAAAGCAACGAGGAAUGGAUUUCGUCUCCUAGUCCGGGUAGUGUGCCGGGUUCGGCACCACCACUGAGUCCUUCGCCCGGCUCACAGAGUCACACCUAUACCACCACCAUGUCCAACGGGUAUUCGUCGCCGAUGUCCACCGGAAGCUACGAUCCGUACAGUCCUAAUGGAAAAAUGGGUCGUGAGGAUCUAUCGCCUUCCAGCAGUCUCAAUGGCUACACGGACGGUAGCGACGCCAAGAAGCAGAAGAAGGGACCUACGCCGCGGCAGCAGGAGGAACUGUGUCUGGUGUGCGGUGAUCGGGCGUCCGGUUAUCACUACAAUGCUCUUACCUGCGAGGGUUGUAAAGGUUUCUUCCGGCGGAGCGUCACCAAGAAUGCGGUCUACUGCUGUAAGUUUGGGCAUGCCUGCGAGAUGGACAUGUACAUGCGGCGGAAGUGCCAGGAGUGUCGGCUCAAGAAGUGCCUGGCCGUCGGGAUGCGGCCGGAGUGCGUCGUGCCCGAGAACCAGUGCGCCAUCAAGCGGAAGGAGAAGAAGGCCCAGAAGGAGAAGGACAAGGUGCAAACCAACGCCACCGUCAGUACAACGAACAGCACCUACCGGUCGGAGAUACUGCCGAUCCUCAUGAAAUGUGAUCCACCGCCGCACCAAGCGAUACCUCUACUACCGGAUAAACUCCUGCAGGAGAAUAGGCUAAGAAACAUACCUCUGCUGACGCCAAAUCAGAUGGCCGUCAUAUACAAACUCAUUUGGUACCAGGAUGGCUACGAGCAACCGUCGGAGGAAGAUCUCAAAAGGAUAAUGAUCGGUUCACCCAACGAGGAGGAAGAUCAGCAUGACGUGCACUUCCGGCACAUAACGGAAAUCACAAUCCUGACAGUACAACUAAUUGUGGAGUUCGCCAAGGGACUGCCUGCAUUUACCAAGAUUCCACAGGAGGACCAGAUCACGCUGCUGAAGGCCUGCUCAAGCGAGGUCAUGAUGCUGCGGAUGGCCCGCCGCUACGACGCUGCCACCGAUUCGAUCCUGUUCGCCAACAACCGGUCGUACACGCGAGACUCGUACCGGAUGGCCGGUAUGGCGGACACGAUAGAAGACCUGCUGCACUUCUGCCGACAGAUGUUCUCCCUCACGGUGGACAACGUCGAGUACGCACUCCUCACGGCGAUAGUCAUCUUCUCCGAUCGGCCCGGCCUGGAGCAGGCCGAGCUGGUCGAGCACAUCCAGAGCUACUACAUCGACACGCUGCGGAUCUACAUCCUGAAUAGGCACGCGGGCGAUCUGAAGUGCAGUGUGAUAUUCGCCAAGCUGCUGUCGAUCCUGACGGAGCUCCGAACGCUGGGCAACCAGAACUCGGAGAUGUGCUUCUCGCUCAAGCUGAAGAACCGCAAACUGCCACGGUUUCUGGAGGAAAUCUGGGACGUCCAGGAUAUUCCGCCGUCGAUGCAAGCCCAGAUACAAAGCCAUGGCACCCAGUCCUCGUCUUCGUCGUCCUCCAGUAGUAGUAGUAGCAGUAGUAGUAGCAGUAACGGUAGUAGUAACGGUAAUAGUAAUAGUAAUUUACAGCACGGGCCGCAUCCGCACGGGCAGCAAUUAACGCCAAAUCAGCAGCAGCAUCAGCAGCAGCACAGUCAGUUACAGCAAGUUCACGCCAACGGCAGCGGAAGUGGUAGUGGCGUCAGUAACAAUAGUAGCAGUAGUGGGGGCGGCGUCCCGGGCCUCGGCAUGCUCGACCAAGUAUAGCUAGUGUAGGACACGGUUUCCGGGCCGGUUUCCAUUCCACUGCUGGCCAGCGAAACCAUGCUCCCGUCGUCGCCCUUCCCCGGCACGGAUGACAUUCUGUUCAUCGUCGAAGGCUAGACUGUUUCUAGAAA